AUCGCAUUCCUAUCUCCCGCUUUCGCAGCUCCGAAUCCUAGUCCCGCCGUCGAGAUUUCCAUUCCCUACCGGCCCCUGCAAAACCCGCGAGCCCAAAACCCCGGAAACCCUAACCCUAAGAAAAGGCGCCGCCACCCACCCAACCCACCCGCGCACCCAUUUGUUCCGCGCGGCGCGGCCCCUGCGGGUGGUUUCGUUCAAACCCAACCCAAUUUUUCGCUAGCGCGCGCGCCAGGGGCUUCGAGAGGAGGAGGAGAUGGCUCCCUUCGGCGACGGCGGUGGGGAUGGCGAGGCGGGGCGGGCUUGGGACCCGCUGCGCAGCGGCAGCGCGCCUCCGACGAUGGAGGGCGCGGCGGCGGCGGUGGCGGUGGCGGCGGAGGGUAUGUUUGGCGGCGGCGGCAGCGGGGCGUCGUUCUUCUCCGGGAUGGACGGGCUCGGGUUCGGCGCGAGGCUCGACGAGGUCAGCAGGCGCCGCGGGGCCGCCGGAGCGCAGGAACAUUUUGGUAAUUCUGCAUCUUUAUCUGUGGGACCACCAGGCCUCCUGCUUAAUGGUCCAGGAGACUUGGAUGAGCAGCAGUUUCGAAAGGGCAUAGUUCAUAACGGUGGUGCUAUGGCGAACUACUCUACAUUUGAUAUGCGUUCCCUUUGGACAGACAUGGAUCCAGACAAUGCUGAAUAUCGCAGAAAUGUCCAGAAUCGCUUCAUGUCGAACAUACAGAAAAUGAAUGUCAAUAGGGAUCUUAAUGCUUCCUACAUGUCUGAUUCUGACCUUUCAGAUGCUUUAUCUGGGUUGAAGCUGUCUAAUAAUAGAGUAAUGGAUGAAUGGAAUCAUGGCGAUGAGCUUCUAGAUGAACUACUCAAGCGUCAAAGAGAUUUCUGUACUAAAAUUGGUGAUGAUAACCAAAGACCUUUGGUUGGUAAUGUUUUUGGCUCACCUAGGUCGGAUUUGCGUCUGCCACCAAUAUAUGGAGAUGGUAUUUUACGCAGGCAGACCAGUGCAUUAGAUGGUUCCAAUGUUUCAAGGAUGAGUCGCCAUCACUUGAAGGAUGUUGAUCACUUAUCUUUGGCUGAACAGCUAGCUAUGAUGCGAUCUGGCAACUUGCCUAGAGGAGUUAAUCUUUCUCGCAACACAGCUAUGUCUAAUAUGAUCAACCCCAUGAACAAUAGAUACAAUAACAUUAGCACUAGAGACUUGGAUUAUGUUAGGAAUCGAAGGGCGUUCCUUGAGGAUCUACUUGCGCAAGAAUAUCUGCAGGAUGAUAAUCUAUUGUAUAAUGAUAGCGGGAUCUAUCAUGAUGAGCCUCGUUUUCCCCGUGCAAGAAUGCAAAGAUCUGGAUCCCAUUUUCAUCCCAACCCGGGGAACAUCCAAUCUCAUGGUGAUAGGCAAUCAAGGCUAUUUUCCUUUAACAGAAAGGCAACUUUUAGAAAUAUUGGAUCACAGUUCUAUCACGAUAAUACAUUAGCAAACUACCUGGAUGUGCCUUCUUUGGAUAAUGCAGAUAGAAAUGGUGCUGAUUCAGUGGAUCUGGUUGAUGUACUGGGCCAUGUCAAGGAAGUUAGUAUGGAUCAAUAUGGGAGCCGGUUUAUUCAGCAAAAACUUGAAAAUGCAUCACCUGAUGAAAGGGAGAAAAUAUUCCCAGAGAUAUUAUCCAAUGCAAUUGCUCUAACAACUGAUGUUUUUGGCAAUUAUGUUAUCCAGAAGUUUUUCGAGUUCGCUACAGAAAGUCAAUUAAUCCAAUUGGCAGAUCAGCUCGAAGGUCACAUUUUGCAACUCAGCCUCCAGAUGUAUGGUUGCAGAGUAGUUCAGAAGGUUUUGGAAGUAGUUGACAUGGAUCGGAAGAUCAAUAUUGUUCAUGAGCUCAAGAAUUCUGUUCUGAAAUGUAUUGGUGAUCAGAAUGGUAACCAUGUCAUCCAGAAAUGCAUUGAGUGUGUUCCUGAAGACCGUAUUCCAUUUGUUAUUGAGCCUAUUCUUUCACAAAUUCUUGUUCUUUGUACCCAUCAAUAUGGCUGCAGAGUUAUUCAGAGAGUUCUGGAGCAUUGCCAUGAUCCAGCGACUCAAAGUGCUAUCAUGAAUGAAAUUGUGCAGCAAACCUUCCAUUUGACAGAUGAUAAAUUUGGGAACUAUGUUGUUCAACAUGUUUUGGACCACGGGAAGCCAGAAGAGCGUUCAUCCAUUAUUCAAAAGCUCUCUGGACAAGUGGUGAUCUUGAGCAAGCAAAAGUUUGCUUCCAAUGUCAUUGAGAAAUGUUUGGCUAAUGGAACUCCUGAAGAACGUGAUAGCUUUAUUGGAGAAAUCAUUUCUUCUGGUCAAACAUUUCAGGAAUUGAUGAAAGAUCAGUUUGGUAACUAUGUUGUACAGAGAGUCCUUCAGACUUGUGAUGACAAGUACCUAGAGAUGAUCCUUUCAAGCAUCAAGUUACACUUGAGUGAGCUGAAGAAUUACACAUACGGGAAGCAUAUUGUUGCACGUGUUGAGAAGCUAAUUGUUACAGGAGAGAAACGUGCAAGGAUGGUGUCCCAGAGUUCCCAACAACAGCAGUCUCCGAUCUGUACAGCUGUAGAUGCGCUGUAGAUGCGUGCUAAUCCCUUUUUAAGCAUCGACGUCGAUAUAACCAGCAGGUGGUACGGGUAAUGUGGAGAUUAUGUUUUGAUACAUGGAUUCAUAGGGGGUACUUAGGUGAUACUCUAGGAGUUAUGUUUCCUGUAUAUAAUCAAAUGUUUUCGGGAGCUUGAGUAGCUAGAUGAGGAUUAGGUUUUCGGCACUGUAAAUCCUUUUGGCCAUGUACAAGUUUACAGUGGAUAAUAGAUGUACAUUGUGCUGGAGCUUUAGUUUUUGGUAGAUAAGCGUUGGUAUGUGGAGGAUGCUAUGUAAUAUACUUGGCUUUCUUCUGAAUGGGGGCAGGGUUUUCGUUGCAGAA